CUGAGUGUAAGUUGAAUACAAAAACAGUGAGGACUCUUCUGUUCAGACGUACUCUUUAUAAAAUCUCAAUCUCAGUCUCCUUCUAAUUUAUGCAUCGUUCUCAUUUAUACUUGCAUGUGUUUGCAGUGUGUUUCAAGUUCUUUAUGCCCCAAGGAAUUCUGCAAGCAUCUGUUGAACUUUAUGAUGACUUGCAGCAUGGCUCAGAAGAAUAGCAUCCUGAAUGCAUUACUUAUGCUAAUACAGCAGGAGGUGCUAGACAAAGAAUCUCUCAGCACCGGACUGCUGGUUUGCCUGAAAAACUACAUUCACAAAAACAUGUCAAGGGAGGAACAGCAUUUUGUCGGUGAGCUGCUAAAUGUACUGGUGUACCUGAGUCCUGACAGUUUUGACACCAUUGUAGAGCUACUUGCUAUGUUGGCAAAUAAAGAAGCUGAUCUUAAGGCUUUAGUACUGUGUGUUCUGCAAAGGUUGGGUGUGGAGGAAGCUGAACUGUGGUUAUGUCCAGAAUUAGAGUCCUGGAACUCCCUGGCGAAACAUAAGCCUGACCAGCACAACAGUCUUCGAGACAUGGCCAGCCACUGGCUGCUUACCUGGACCAGAAAGUACAAGGUUCACAGUGGGUCUGUGUUCCUUAGCGGUGAAGGAAUAGAGAGUGUGUUCGCACCUGUGGAGGUGCUCAAAUAUUUCUGCUCUGUGCAAAAAGGCAAACAGACUCGACCACCUCCACCUCCACCAGAGGGCAGGAAAGACGCUGUCAUCGUGCAUUCAGACUUGCCUAGACUGAAGCCAAUUCAGCGCCUGGGAGAGACGUACAGCAUGUCAAGGAUAAGGGAGCCUCAAGGACGUCUGCUGCCACCACUGCCAUAUCGACCCAUGUUGAUGGAUUUCCCAAGGUUCCUCUCUCUACCAUUGGCUCAUGUCACACUUUCUCCAUUCCCCUUUUCCCUGGAUUUUCAGAACUUCAGACGCCCCUCACCACAAAGAUACUUCUUCCUGGAACGCUCCUAUGUACAAUAUUACAGAUAGUUACUCCCAAAAGCAUUGCAUUGAAGCGGUGAAAGACUGUCUCUAUGAUGCAUCAAAUGUCACAAAUCUAAAAAUUUUGAUGAUCAAACUCACUUUAUCAUCUUGAAGUCUUUUAGUACAUACUUGACAGUUGAAUGUUUGAGACAUAUGGCUUGUUUUAUUGUGAAAGAAUAUACAGAGAGAAUGCUAGUUCUUUGAAAAGCAAUCUGCUUUACAUGACACCUCCUUGAGCACUGGGGAAGAUGCGUUGUGCAAAGCAGCAAUGAAACACAGGCUGACCCCAUGCAAAGCAAGCCUUGGAAAACAGUUCUGUACAGCCCAGUAUCCUCUAUAGGUAUUGGUAAUGCCAUUGGUAUUGGUAUUUUGGCCUUAGAAUGGAUGGGGUCAAAUGAUGGCAUCAAGGGACAUUUUGUAAUCUGUUACUGUCUGAACUGUAAUCAAAUCAAAUUUUGAGGGCAGUGGAAAUUCACACCUCCAUCGCACAGAAGAAUAGUUAAUAGAGAAAGAGAAAAGUAUUAAGAAUAUUCAUGGAAAGGUUUGGAAUUGAAUUGAAUCAUGAGAUUUGAUUUGCAAUAUAUUAACACUUCAGAUAUUUUGUCAAAGUAUCAUGAAAAUUACAGUACCGGUAAAUUAAAUGUACCAAGACAAUAUAACAUAAUACAACAACUACA